UGCUCGCUCGGCGCUGAAGCCGCCGCCGCCGCCGCCGCCGCCGCCGCCGCUGCCGCUGCUGCUCUCGGCUCGGGGACCCGAGGCGGGCGCUCCGCGAGGCUCCGGCGCCUGCGGCUGCUGCUCUGCUCCCGCGCCCGGGGCUGCGAGGCCCUGGGUCCCUGGCCCCGGCUCCCAUCACCCCUCGGGUCCCCGCGUCCCGGUCCCCGGAGGACGAACUCGGCUGCUCGAGCCGCCCGGGGCUCGCGCCCCCAGGCCAUGAAGAGGGGCCCGUGAGGGGCGCGCGGAGGCGGAGGAAGAGCAGGGAGGCGGGAGGCCGAGGAGGAGGGCGCGGGAGGCGGAGGAUGCCGCCGCCGCCGCCGCCGCUGCCCGCGGGCCCCCGGCGAGCCUGACUCCAGACCCGAGGAUGGAGCCGGCGCUGGGCGCCGCAGCGGCUCCCGGCGCGCCCCCGACCAGAACAGGCUUCCAGAAGUGCUGGGCUGUGCCCUCGGCGCUGUAACUUCCGCUGUGCCCCGCGUGCCAAGGCCGGGAAUGCGCCCUGGCCCACUGCUGCCUUGAGUUUCAGGUAGCUGCACUCCUCUGCCGUGUGCUUGGAUGAAGACUGGCCCUCCAGAGCUGCCCGUGGACACGGAGGCCCGAGACUGCUGGCUGUGACGCUGCCGCGCAGGCUGGAACCAGUGGCCAGGCCCAGAGACGACGCUGGUGGCUGCAGACCGGCUGGCUCAGAGCGCUCCCUCUUAAACUCGUGCCGUGCAGAAGCAGCCCCAUGAAGGUGCCCAGCCAUGCAAUGUUCCUGGAAGGCUGUCCUCCUCCUCGCCCUGGCCUCCAUAGCCAUCCAGUACACGGCCAUCCGCACCUUCACUGCCAAGUCCUUCCACACGUGCCCGGGGCUGGCCGAGGCCGGGCUGGCCGAGCGGCUGUGCGAGGAAGGCCCCACCUUCCCCUACAACGCCUCCCGCAAGACCCACAUCCUCAUCCUGGCCACCACGCGCAGCGGCUCCUCCUUCGUGGGCCAGCUCUUCAACCAGCACCUGGACGUCUUCUACCUGUUCGAGCCCCUCUACCACGUGCAGAACACGCUCAUCCCGCGCUUCACGCAGGGCAAGAGCGCGGCCGACCGGCGGGUCAUGCUGGGCGCCAGCCGCGACCUGCUACGCAGUCUCUACGACUGUGACCUCUACUUCCUGGAGAACUACAUCAAGCCGCCGCCCGUCAACCACACCACCGACCGCAUCUUCCGGCGCGGCGCCAGCCGCGUGCUGUGCUCGCGCCCCGUGUGCGAGCCCCCGGGCUCCCCGGACCAGGUCCUGGAAGAGGGCGACUGCGUGCGCAAGUGCGGGCUGCUGAACCUCACCGUGGCCGCCGAGGCCUGCCGCGAGCGCAGCCACGUGGCCAUCAAGACCGUGCGCGUGCCCGAGGUGAACGACCUGCGGGCUCUGGUCGAAGACCCGCGCCUGAACCUCAAGGUCAUCCAGCUGGUGCGGGACCCGCGCGGCAUCCUGGCGUCGCGCAGCGAGACCUUCCGCGACACCUACCGGCUGUGGCGCCUGUGGUACGGCACGGGCAGGCGGCCCUACAACCUGGACGUGACGCAGCUGACCACGGUGUGCGAGGACUUCUCCAACUCCGUGUCCACGGGCCUCACGCGGCCGCCCUGGCUCAAGGGCAAGUACAUGCUGGUGCGCUACGAGGACCUGGCCCGGAACCCCAUGAAGAAGACCGAGGAGAUCUACGGGUUCCUGGGCAUCCCCCUGGACGGCCACGUGGCCCGCUGGAUCCAGAACAACACGCGGGGCGACCCCACGCUGGGCAAGCACAAGUACGGCACGGUGCGCAACUCGGCGGCCACGGCCGAGAAGUGGCGCUUCCGCCUCUCCUACGACAUCGUGGCCUUCGCGCAGAACGCCUGCCGCCGCGUGCUGGCGCAGCUCGGCUACAGGGUGGCCGCCUCGGAGGAGGAGCUCAAGAACCCGGCGGUGAGCCUGGUGGAGGAGAGGGACUUCCGCCCGUUCUCGUGACGCGGGGCGCCGCGCCGCUAACUGUUGCCUUAUCCCCUCCCCGUUUGUCUCUGAGAUUUGCACUACGUCGCGGGCGGGGGCGGGGGCGGGGGGCAGUGGUCCCCGGGGCGCACGCGGGCGGCGGCC